AUGAACCAACAGGCCACUCUUCCAAACGAGCCUCUCUUUGCCCAGCUUCUCCACCUCUCCAAGCACACCCAGCAUGUUGUCAUCCACGAUUCAGCCUCGGGCGUGGAAGCAAAUGCGGCCCAGCUUCUGGCAAGUAUGAUGGCCAUGCGGCAGUCGAUAUACGAUUCGUUGCCAAAGACCGAUUUCAACGAGAAAGGGCUUGUCGUGGGGCAUAUGCCGUCAAUGUUGGUGAUUGCACCAGGAAACUAUGAGUAUUUUGUCGCUGCAUUUGCUACUCUCAGUCUUGGUGCGGCGGUGGUGCCCACUUCAAUGGGCAUAAUGCCGGAGGAAGCGCACUAUCUCCUACAAAGAUGCACGUCUACUUGCAUCCUAGCAGGUUCCCAAUGCAUGGACCGUGCCGAGGAGAUUAAGAUCUAUGCGGCAUCGCAAGGCCUGCAAGUCACUGUGGUCCCUAUCACGACGGAGCAAACCCCGAGAGUCGUCCCUGUCAUCGAUGAAGCAUUGACCAUUCCGCCGGAUCAUCCCAGUAUCAUCCUCUUCACAUCAGGCUCAACUGGCCCGCCGAAGGGAGCAGUCCACUCCCGGCGUCUUUUUCAGUCCUCGCCCAAGAAUCCUUCAGGAGAGGUCUUUCUCAGUCACCGUCCGAUUCACUGGGUUGCCGGCGCAAUGCCUCCACUCAAGCAACUGCUGAACGGCUCUCGGGUCGAAACCCUCCAGCAAGUGGCAAUGGACGACCUCGCCCAAGCCCUGUGGGAGCGUCUGCGCAAAGGUGACGUGACCAUCGUCUCCUGCACACCGCCAGUGUGGUCGCGCAUGGCCAAGUUCUUCCAGCAACAUCUCCGCCAGCUCCCCAACGACGAACUCGGUCAAUACGUCCGUGGGAUCCAGAAUCUGCGUGUUGCACGGGUUAGCGGCUCUGCUACAGCGCCUUCAGUUCUGCGCUUCUGGCGAGAGAUGCUCGGCUGGCCGUUGAAAAAUUGCUAUGCGAGCACAGAACACGCCUCCCCAAUUAUGGAGACGGACAAUCUGUCCGACAUUGACCUCGAGGCAAGUUCUUUCUUUAUCCGUUGCAUCGGCAAGCCACGCCCCGGUGUCAUGGUCAAACUCUCUGAAGGCGAUUCCGGAGAGAUUCUGGUAAAGAGUCCGUUUCUGUUCUCUGGGUAUCUCGACGACGAGGAGGCAACCCGCGCCGCAUUUGACGACCAAGGAUUCCAUAAGACAGGUGACUUCGCACAUCGCGUUGGUGACCAUUACGUCCUCGAUGGUCGAGCUUCUACAGAUUUCGCCCGUUACUAUGGCUACAAAGUUCCCAUCCAACUAGUUGAAAUCCACCUCAACGAGCUCGCUUACAUCCACGAAGGCUGUAUUCUCCCCGUGCCCGACCCCCGAACUGCCGGCCGAGUAGCAGCGCUGGUCCGCUUCGUCGAUGACAGCCCAGAAGCAGCAGGCAAGAAGAACCUGAACGCCAUUCGGGCUGAUCUGUCGGACAAGCUGGCUGCGUAUCAGCUUCCCACGCUGCUACGCAUUCUGCAGACCGGCGAAGAAAUUCCAAAGGCAGCAGUCAGUGGUAAGUUUCUUCGGAAGCAGGCGGUUGGCCAAUUCUUUCCUACUUGCCAGGACUUUGAAUUGUUGUCUAACGUCGAGGUGUGGGAUGAGAAUACUGCACAGAUGGGACCACGCAAGGCGUGGGAUUGGGCUGGUUUAAGUAAUAGUACUUCAUAA